AUGCUGAAACAAAACAAGAAAAGAAGUGAAAAUGUUCAGGAUGCUCCUUGCUCUGCAACAGUAGAACAGGCCAGCUGUUGUCCUGGCACUCAUGCACAAACAUCUGUUGUGAGAACAGCAGCGCAAAGAAAACAAUAUCCUCCUAACAUUAAGAAGAACUGCUCCACAGUUUGCCCACGCACUACAGAAGCACCAGGAGACAUAAGACCAGGGGGGGCAACUGCAUCCGAACUAAAUGAUCAAACCUCCAUAUUCAGUGGUGGUGAAGAGGAAGGUAAGGCUGACAGCAGUAACAGAAUUGAAAGCAUAUCACAGAGUCCAGCAGGCAAAAAAUCAACCGUCCAAAAAUCAAAAAAAGCUAGCAAGGAAGGACAGUAUGACAAAUGUGUGUCGGAGGCUCAAGUAAAGCAUCAAGAAGCUCUCUCCAAAAAAACAGAUGUUGAAUCUUUACAUCAGAACUCCUACCAACAUGUUAAGCUGAAUUGUCGAAAGAUAAUAGUAGGAUCCCUGAAAAGAACAGUAGUGGACCCUGUAAUUCUUUCUAUUGAUUAUAUCAAGAUAAACCUGGAAAAGGACGCUAGGGGUAUUCAUUUAAAGACAACUGAAAUGACCAAGUGGACAUAUGGAUUUGUACGCAACAACCUUGUAUCUUUCCUGAGAACUACAGCUGCUGCCUAUCAAAAGCUGGAAUCCCAAAUGAAGUGGGACAAGAAGGAAGAUAAUGUCUGGAAUUGCUGUAAUGCCACAAAUCCUGAAGAACGAGAAAUCAUUUUCAUUUUUGAUGUGUGCCAUGAUUCUGAUACAUAUGCAAUAAUUAAAGCAAUAAUCGCUGAUAUUGGUGUUAGGAACAACAUUCCUGAUUUCUGUGUGAAAAUUACAUCCAAAAAAGUAAAUAGUGUGCUUGAGGCCUUUCGAAAAUCCCUUGAAGACACCUCUAGAGAAAACAAAACAAAACAUAUCUCAGAACCCAAAAGGCAGCUGCAGAAUGAAACACAGUUGCAGGUCCUUGAUGAUGGAGAAAGUGAUGAGUCUGAGUCAGUUUCUACAGAGAUUAUCGUUUAUCCCCCACCUCCUGCAAAGGGAGGUAUUGCUGUGACCAAUGAAGCUCUUCAGUGCUUAAAUGAAGGAGAAUAUUUAAACGACAUAAUUAUUGAUUUUUAUUUGAAAUAUCUGGUGCUUGAAAAACUGAAAAAAGAAGAUGCUGAAAGAACUCAUGUGUUCAGUUGCUUUUUUUACACACGCCUUACUGAAAAGGAGAGGAGAAAUUUUCCAGAGACCUCACAACUCACAAUUCAGCAGCAACGGCACAGUCGAGUGGAAAGAUGGACACGAGAUGUUGAUAUCUUUGAAAAAGAUUUUAUUUUUGUUCCCAUCAAUGAAGAUAAACAUUGGGUCUUAGCUGUUAUCUGUUUCCCAGGCUUAAAGAAGCCUGUAUAUGAGCGCAAGCCAUACGCUAAGAAAGUUAAAUUUUCCACUAUUUGCAAACAGCCUUGUAUUCUGCUAAUGGAUUCAUUGAGAGGCCCCUUCCCAUCACAUAUUUUCCAAAUACUUCAGGAAUGGUUGGAGGUAGAGUGGGAAGUCAAGAAAGGUACCAAAAGAAGUUUCUCUGAAGAUGUUCUAAGUUUAAACCUGGAAGUGCCACAACAAAACAACAAUAGUGAUUGCGGAAUUUAUGUGCUAAAAUAUGCGGAGAGCUUUUUUAAGACUCCUAUUCUAAGCUUCAACACACCAAUGAAUUUAGCAGACUGGUUUCCUGACUCAAGAGUGGAAAAGAAGCGAGAAGAAAUACGAAACUUAAUCCUCAGUCUGCAAUAGUUUCUGCAGGAACCUUUGGUUUCAUUGUUGCUGUAGGAUUUAUUUUGCCCCUUGGCAAAACAACCCCCUUGGCUAUGCCCAUACGUAAUUUCUAAGACCUAUUCAAGACCAAGGCAAUCCUGUUUUAAGAAGGCUUUUCAUUUAUGGAAUAAUGAUCACAAUCAUUGCCUUUACUUCUGUUGUUUAUUUCACUUUGUUUACUGUGCACUAUUCUGUAACUUUAGGUUGUGAAGUACUUUUUAA